UGAUGUUCUGUUGUGGCACUGAGCGCAACAGUUCUUUUUAUUCCGGCUGUCGGGGACUCUUCUCAGUUCCAUUUAGUUUCGUUUGGCACUUUACAAGUGUUUAUUGUUGUUAUUGUUGUGAAGUGUAACGAUGCAUAAAGAAUUGCAUUUAAGUGCGCUGCUGUUGCUGCUGCUGGUCGGUGGCCUUUACCUAGCAAACGCCUCGAUCAUCAAAUUGCCAUCAAAUGUCGAUCGUGUGACAAAUGGCAAAACACCCUGGGACCUAACGGAGGCCAUUUAUGGCACCGCGGGGCUUCGAGGCUUCAACGGCACCUGGAUAACAGAUGAGGAAUUCUAUUACACUGCCAGCGAUAAAUCCAUUCACAAAUACAAUGCGGCGAGCAAGACUGACAGCAUUUUUGUGGACUCCACAUUUCUGAACUCCUACAUUGGUGCCACAUUCACACUCUCCGCGGAUAAUAAGAAAAUUCUGGUGCGUCACAAUUUGACUGAGAAGUUCCGUCACUCGUAUGUGGCUCAGUAUGAUAUUUACGAUAUUGCUACGAAUUCGGCCAUCAAGAUUCAUAAAGGAGAGAAGUUGCAGUAUUGUGGUUGGUCGCCGCUUAAGGAUCGAUUGGCGUAUGUGUAUCAGAAUAAUGUGCACAUACAUUUCAAUGAGAAUUUGGAGAUUGCCAUUACGGAGGAUGGCAAAGAUGGUAUUGUGUAUAAUGGUGUGCCCGAUUGGGUCUAUGAGGAGGAGGUGCUGAGCAGUGGCAGCGCCCUCUGGUGGUCACCAGAUGGAAGCAAACUUGCUGUGGGUUUCUUCGAUGACACCAAAGUGGAAACCUUCAAGUAUUUCCUUUAUGGCUCCUACUCUCAGUAUCCUCAAGAAGAGGAACUUAAGUAUCCCAAAACAGGAACACCCAACCCAAUUGUCUAUCUGCGUGUCUACGAUCUGAGCAAUGAUGAUCCGAUCAUGAUGCGCAUUAAUGCUCCUCUCGAUAUUGUGAGCAACGAUCACAUUUUACAAAAUGUGGUUUGGUCGAAUAACACACAUAUCCUCAUUACCUGGAUGAAUCGACGUCAGAAUCUCGCCUCACUGCAAAGCUGCAGCCAUGACGGUAACUGUGUCGAGGUGACCCGCAUUGAGGAACCCAAAGGUUGGGUUUCCAUGAGCACACCCAAGUGCUUUAACAAUGGCCUCAAUUGCAUCUUUGCGUACUUUAUCGAUAACUGGUAUCAAGUGUGGAAUCUCAAUCUGCAAACGGGCGUGAACAGCUGGAAAUCGCGUGGAAAGUUCACAGUUCUCAAUGUCUACGGUUAUGAUGAGGUCAAUGAUAAGCUUUACUACCAGGCCACUCAACUGGGUGAUCCGGCUCUCUAUAAUGUGUAUAGCAACGAUGUCUGUCUUAGCUGUGAGCUUUACGAUGUUGAUAAUGUCGAAUGUCUAAGUGCGAGCGCUUCGUUCAGCAAAUCUUUCUCCUUCUACACACUUUCGUGCAAUGGACCCAAUCCGAUCUACACACAAAUCUACGAGUCCGCUACAUAUAAGAAGGUGAUUGAUUGGGAGCUAAAUACCGCUUAUAGGACUGUGUUAAAGUCAAAGUUGCGUCCCAGUUAUCGAUUCAUCAACGUUGCCCUGGCCGAUGGCAGCACGGGCAUUGCCAAAUUGGCACUGCCUCCAAAUUUUGAUGAAUCUAAAAAGUAUCCAUUGAUUGUCGUCGUCUAUGGUGGACCCAAUUCAGUGCGCAUUACGAAAUCCUUUACCGUGGGCUAUGAGGCUUUUGUCACAACCACGAGGGAUGUCAUCUAUGCUUACAUUGACGGACGCGGCACGGGUAACAAGGGCAAGGAUCUGUUGUUCUCUGUAAACAACGACUUGGGCGAUCACGAGGUUGAGGAUCAGCUACAUGUCACCAAGUGGAUGCAAGAUUAUUUAGGCUAUAUAGACCGCAAUCGAACUGGCAUUUGGGGCUGGAGUUAUGGUGGUUACAUGACUGCCAAGACCAUCGAAAAGGACAAUGAACACAUCUUCCAGUGUGGAGUCUCUGUGGCACCAGUAACUUCCUGGAUAUACUAUGAUACUAUCUACACGGAACGUUACAUGGGUCUGCCCACGGAUGAGGACAAUCUGCAAAAAUAUAAGGAUAGCAAUGUAUUUCAAAAUUUGGACAGUUUCAAAACCCAUGAUUUCUUGCUAAUCCAUGGCUCUGGCGAUGACAAUGUGCACUAUCAAAACUCGCUGCUCUUUGCCAAGCUGCUCCAAAGAGCUGACAUACUUUUUGAAGAGCAGACCUACACUGAUGAGAAUCACAGCAUUGGCAAUGCUCUGCCACAUUUGUAUAAUACCAUGGAUCAUUUCUGGACCAAGUGCCUUAACUUAAAUAUUACUGAAUAUUAAUAAGCCAUCAAUUGUCAGUCUAGUCCAAUUAAACUUCCUAUAUUUAUAAAUUUGUAUAGUGAAAAAAAUGUUAAUAUUAAAUGACUGUUUUGAAACAUUGUUGUACGCA